UGGAGAAGAUAACUUCAAGUGUUGAAGCAUCAUCCGCUCCUCUCACAAACCAUGUUCCCACCAUUUCAGAAGUAAUGAAGAUGGUCAAAGAAUGUGGUGUGAAGGAAAAAACUGCUCUCAUGCACACAACCCUCACUCUUAUAGUGAAGCCCGAGUUUAGGGAAAUCUUCAAUGUUCUUGAAACAAAAGAAGGGAGGUUUGAUUUUUUGGAGAGGGAGCAUGAGAAGGAGAUGUUGAAGCACGUGUAGUGAAUCAUAUUUGUUUAUGUUAUAGACCUAUAUUUGCUUUCAUUGUGGACCAAAUUUGGUUAUUUGUGGACCAUAUUUGCUUUCGUUGUGGAUGUAAUUGCUUUUGUCGUGGACCAUAUUUGCUUAUGUUGGUUUACCAUAUUUAUGUUGUGAGAAAUAUUUACUCCUGUUGUUUACCAUAUUUAUGUUGUGAGAAAUAUGUGCUCGUGUUGUUUUACCUUAUUUAUGUUGUGAGAAAUAUGUGCUCGUGUUGUUUACUAUAUUUAUGUUGUGAGAAAUAUUUGCUUGUGUUGUUUUACAAGUCAUAUUUAUGUGAUGCCCAUGAAUAAUUUAACAUUUUUAUAUUGUUAUGUAGAUGGAUGCAAGAAUGGAAGAAGUGGCCAUAAAGGGACAGGAGGGAAUGAAACUUCUAGCUGAACUUGCGAAUCAGGCUGCUAUCAUGGGAAACCUAGUGCCUGCAGAUGAUGCGGUUAACCAUAGAUGUCGACAUGGUUUCACAUCUCAGAAUGUGCUUGCAGUAUGUGACUUUGACAUGAGGUUUACGUUUGUGGUUGCGGGUUGGCCGGGCUGUGCACAUGAUACAAGGGUCUUGAAUCAUGCAUUAGCACACUUCCCUUCAUUUCCUAUACCACCCAAAGGGAAAUACUAUCUUGUCGACUCUGGGUAUCCAAACCGAACGGGAUACCUUGCUCCUUUUAAGGGGAGUACAUACCAUCUGCUGGAAUUUCGUCUUCGCUGUCAUCGUCCACCUGAAGGGAAGUACGAGUUGUUUAACUUUUCACAUUCAUCCCUUCGAAAUGUUGUUGAGCGUGCUUUCGGGGUACUCAAGCAGAAAUGGCGCAUCUUGAAAGGGGUCCCAAGUUUCUCACCUCGUACACAGAAGCAUAUCAUCAUUGCUUGCAUGGCAUUGCAUAAUUUCAUUCGUGAUAGCAAGUUGAGUGACAAAGUUUUUGAUAAAUGUGAUGCCGAUGAUGAGUAUGUACCUCCAGUGCUACGAAAGGAGGUGGCACCAACACAAGCGGAUCCCGUUAAAGAAGAGGAGAACGAAGAUAGCAUGAACAAUAUUCAUAGUAGGAUAGCUGAUGCUUGUCUUGCCAUGGCAAGAUAA